UAAAUUUUUAUUUAGAAUAACAAGAUACAACAAAUAACUUUACCCUAAGCAUUCAGUCUUCAAGUCUUCCCUAGCUUUCAAGCAAUCUUGAAAAUGUGCACGUCCCUCGUAAUGAGUCUGAGUCAGGAGAACCUUCCUAUCUACAUCCAAGUUUCCUCUACUGGAGCCUGGUGGUGGUGGCUGUGGCACACACCUUAAUCUAAGCAGAGGCAGGUAGAUCUUUCUGAGUUCUAAGACAGCCCUGUCUAUAAAGUGAGUUCCAGGAUGGCCAGGGCUACACACAAAGACAAACUCUGUCUCAAGAAAACAAAACAACAAACAACAACAAAAACCAACAAAAUUUUUCUCUACUCUUAUUAUAGAACUCUAAAUGAUCUAUUUCUAUGAUUUCUGCAUAGAAAAAUGUUACCAAAUCAUUAUCCCAUGAAGUCACUCAAAACAGAUAAAGAAGGAUGAGAAGGAAGAGGAGGAGGAGGAAGAGGAAGAGGAAGAGGAAGAGGAAGAGGAAGGGAAACCAACCAAAAGAUACUUCUAUAAUAGUGGCUGGCUGUCAGCUAAGUAAUUAAUUCAAUUAAUACUGGUUUUCUGAGUCUUGUGUCUUGUUAUGUUUAUGGCUUCUAGCUGCAUGAAACAAAAUUUGUUGUAUUUCGUUAUUCUAAAUAAAAAUAGAAUACAUGUAGCACGUAGAGACAUACAUACAUGUGUAUGUCUCUACAUGUGUCUAUGAAUCUAUAAUGUAUGUGUCUGUGUUUGUAUGUGUAGUCUCUCUCUCUCUCUCUCUCUCUCUCUCUCUCUCUCUCUCUCUCUCUCUGAGUGUGUGUGUGUGUCUGUGUCAGAACCACUGUGGGAGUUGGCUUUCUCCUUUCAUCAUGUGGGUCUCAGGUCAUCAGACCCAGUGACAGGUGUUUUACUCACUGAACCAUCUCUAUGGCUCCAUUAGAAAAAAACAUUAUCUUUUGCACAGAACUUUGUAAUUCUUAUUCUUCUUAAGGAGGGCUCCUGAUUUCAGAAGCUCUGGGCAUCAUGAAACUCACACACCACACAGACAUCAGUUCAUAAUCUACUCUUCUUCUCUUACCCAUUAUCAGAACCCUGUGGCAUUGUUUUUUAUCAUGCAUCUGAAAAAAACAAACAAACAAACCUCGUUUUCUUAAAUCAAAAAGAAAUCCUCCUCUGGAGUCAGAGGGGUUGUGCAAUGAUGUUUUGGCCAAACAUAUUAAAUAGGAUCCUCCAGAGGAGUUUCCAGAAAGGCUGUUGCAAGGAGCUGUGGGAUGUGUCCUGUGCAUUUUGAAUCUCUCUCUCCAGUCUGGAAUGAAGACAGGAUACAGGAAGAUGGGUGUCACCUUGCCACCUUGAAGAUAACAUGAGGAAGGAAAUCCCAUGUUGAGGAGGGGAGGACAGGGGAAAGGGAGGGCUCGCUUGCCUUGGGUUUCUUAAGUGAGGAAAAGCAUACUGUAGAACAGGCUUCAGAUAACUUGUGGCCAAAGGCAAUCUGUAACUGAUACACAUGUAUCGAAUCAGGGCAAACUCAGUGGCCCUAGUAACAGAAACUUACUAUUUUUGUUCUAAGCUAGAAUGGCUACCUCAAGCCAUUCAAGCCCCUCUGCAGUUCUCAGAAGCCUUCCCUCUGCUCCUUCCCCAAGUUGAUGUUUGGUGUUCCUGCGAUGCCUUCAGGUUCACCAACUAUGUCCUUUCUGGGCACUUCCCUGCACCCAUUUUCAUAGGAACAGGAGUCAGACUGGAUGAGGGGCCAGGCUACUCCAGGAUAACCUCAUCUUAAUUAAUGAGACUUGUCAAGGUCUUAUUUCUAAAGAAGGUCAUAUUGUGAAGGAGAGAGAGAGAGAGAGAGAGAGAGAGAGAGAGAGAGAGAGAGAGAGAGAGAGAGAGAGGGUAGGGGGUGGGGGGCAGACUCUGAUCAUUCCCGAAACACCUCAUUCCUGUUCUUCUUUCCUGGCUGUGUUCCUAUGACAUCACCCUUCCUGUCGUUCCUGUUGCUACCAGGUCCCCAUUUUGGACCAUGCUCUCUUUACACCUGGUCCGUUGCUGUUAAUGACAUCCUUGGAGUCCCUCACAUUCUGGGUCUUCCCCCUUCAGUUCUGGGAAGGUCUGUCCUCUCUAAAGUCAGGCAGAACCAUGUGUCUUACAUUGGCCAAUGAAGUGCAAAAGCAUGCGGUGCUUUUAAGGUGGGAGGGUUGGUUUGACAAACUCCUGUAUCAGGCCACCUUUCCUUUACACUGCUCUGCAAAUUGUGCUCCUUCUGACCCAGUCUCAUAAGCCUGACCUGUGACAGCUGUCCAUCAGUAGAGCCUCCGCUGAUUCAAGCAGGAUGAAGAGUGCAGGCAGGAAACAAGCCAGUGAGAUUCCGGCUCGUUUGUUACCGCAGCUCAGCAGAGUUUAUCCUGACUGGUAUAUUUAAAAAGUGUGAAUCUGAUAGUAGUUUUUCCCAAGGUGAGACAAGCUUCCGGGUAAUCUCCAAAGGCUUUCUCGUAGCCCAUAAGACUUCGUGGUACUGGCCUCUGCCCAUUCCUUCUUUCUUACCUUUCCAGUCUUCUCUCUGCCUUGAGACAGUCUUUUUUAGACUGUCAAAUAUGCCCCAUUGUCAUUAAACUAUUCCCUGGGCAUGGAUGCUCUUCUCCAUUUUUGCUUGUUUGUCCAUUACGUUGUCCUUAGAUCUUAGGGACAGCACAGUAGGUCCUCAAUACAUAUCUGUAGACCUAUACUAAACCAAUGGAUCUCUGCCUAGCUAAACCCUAUCUUUCUGCAAGACCCCGGUUGCCAUCGCAUUGUCAUGAAGUAGGUGCGGUUUUACUCAAUGAUGGAGACGUCAGAAUCGUUGGAAUCCCGGGUCUUCCUCUUACCAUUUGUGACCUUGAACAUUUCGCUUUAACCUCUGAUCUUCAGAUUUCUUAUCUGCACAAUGUGGGGGUAGACACCCCCGCCAUCGCUGCAUCUUUCCCAGGAUGGUCACCAUCCCGCGGUGGGCGGCCUCUGUGGGCAGGGAGAGCUUCCUAGGCCUGAGAAGGUUCCCCCCAACUCCCGUUGCUUCUGCCUGUGAUGGCCGGGGGGUCUAGACUAGCAGCACCCAGGCCUUCCCCGCCCAGUGCGCACGCUCGCCUGAGCCGGGAGCUGACCACCUCUAAGGGCUUUCGCCCGGGGCCGCGAGGACACCACACCCUCCCCAAUGACUGGCGGGAGAAAACACCAAUCGGAGGGACGAUGCGGGAGGGGGCGGGGCCAAUCCGCGAGCCGGCGCCCGGCGCCCACCGAUCUGCAGCCGCUAGCGUGCGGCGCCGGUCCCCGCCGUUCCCGCAUCGCACACGGGUUCCCCACGGGCCGAGCCUCCUCGGCUACGGUCCAGGUUUUCUUUAUUUUCAUUUUUUGCAUGCAUUCAUUUUCUGUUCUAUCUCGUCCAUUUUAAGGCAGCGGCGACGGCGACAGCAGCGUAGGUGCGCGCGGGGAGGGGGCGGCCGGAGAAUGCGGCUCCCCGCUGCUGCUCGGCUUGUGUCGGAGCGUCAAGCAGACUCGCCAGUGAUGGUGUGCACAGAGGACGAGCGGAGCCCUGUACGACUGCUUAGCACAGCCGAGCUGGUAGCUGUACUCGCUGGUGGGCGGGCGUGAACCUCAGGACCUCAGUGUCUCACUCCAAGAGGAAACAUGUCUAAAAAGGGCCGCAGCAAGGGGGACAAGCCCGAGGCGGAGACGGACUCUGUGCAGAUGGCUAAUGAAGAGCUGCGCGCCAAGCUGACCAACAUCCAGAUUGAGUUCCAGCAGGAGAAGAGCAAGGUGGGGAAGCUGCGGGAGCGUCUGCAGGAGGCCAAGCUGGAGCGCGAGCAGGAGCAGCGUCGCCACACCGCCUACAUCUCGGAACUCAAGGCCAAGCUGCACGAGGAGAAGACGAAGGAACUGCAGGCGCUGCGCGAGGCGCUCAUCCGGCAGCACGAGCAGGAGGCAGCGCGGACCGCCAAGAUCAAGGAAGGUGAGCUGCAGCGGCUGCAGGCCACGCUGAAUGUGCUGCGCGAUGGCGCCGCAGACAAAGUCAAGACUGCAUUGCUGGCCGACGCGCGCGAGGAGGCGCGCAGGACCUUUGAUGGCGAGCGCCAGCGGCUGCAGCAGGAGAUCCUGGAGCUGAAGGCUGCGCGCAAACAGGCGGAAGAGGCACUCAGUAACUGCAUGCAGGCAGACAAGGCCAAAGCCGCCGACCUGCGCGCUGCGUACCAGGCGCACCAGGAUGAGGUGCACCGCAUCAAGCGGGAGUGCGAACGUGACAUCCGCAGACUGAUGGACGAGAUCAAAGGGAAGGAGCGGGUGAUCCUGGCCCUGGAGAAGGAGCUUGGUGUGCAAACCGGGCAGACCCAGCGGCUGCUGUUACAGAAGGAGGCUCUGGAUGAGCAGCUGGUCCAGGUCAAGGAGGCAGAACGCCACCACAGCAGCCCAAAGAGGGAGCUUCCUCCUGGCAUUGGUGACAUGGCGGAGCUUAUGGGUGGCCAGGAUCAACAUAUGGAUGAGCGAGAUGUGAGGCGAUUUCAACUGAAAAUUGCUGAACUGAAUUCAGUGAUUCGGAAGCUAGAGGACAGGAACACCCUGCUGGCUGACGAGAGGAACGAACUGCUGAAGCGCUCUCGGGAGACGGAGGUGCAGCUGAAGCCGCUGGUGGAGAAGAACAAACGCAUGAACAAAAAGAACGAGGAGCUGCUGCACAGCAUCCAGAGGAUGGAGGAGAAGCUCAAGAGCCUCACGAGGGAGAACGUGGAGAUGAAAGAAAAGCUGUCUGCUCAGGCCUCGCUAAAGCGACACACGUCCCUGAAUGACCUCAGUCUGACCAGGGACGAGCAGGAGAUAGAGUUCCUGAGGCUGCAGGUGCUGGAACAGCAGCAUGUCAUCGAUGACCUCUCUCUGGAGAGAGAACGCCUGCUGCGCUCCAAGAGGCAUCGAGGGAAGAGCCUGAAGCCCCCCAAGAAGCAUGUUGUGGAGACAUUUUUUGGAUUUGAUGAGGAGUCCGUGGACUCUGAAACAUUGUCCGAGACGUCCUACAACACGGACAGGACAGACCGGACCCCAGCCACGCCGGAAGAGGACUUAGAUGAGACCACAACCAGAGAAGAGGCUGACCUGAGGUUCUGCCAGCUGACCAGGGAGUACCAGGCUCUGCAGAGGGCUUAUGCCCUGCUUCAGGAGCAGGUUGGGGGGACACUGGAUGCUGAAAGGGAGGCCCGGACUCGGGAGCAGCUUCAGGCCGACCUGCUGAGGUGCCAGGCCAAAAUCGAGGACUUAGAGAAGCUGCUGGUUGAGAAGGGACAGGACGCUGCGUGGGUAGAGGAGAAGCAGGUACUCAUGAGGACAAACCAGGACCUGCUGGAGAAGAUUUACAGACUGGAGAUGGAGGAGAACCAGCUAAAGAGCGAAAUGCAAGACGCCAAGGACCAGAACGAGCUGUUAGAAUUCAGAGUGCUAGAACUCGAAGAGAGAGAGCGGAGGUCGCCAGCCUUUAACCUCCAAAUCACCACCUUCCCCGAGAACAACAGCAGCGCCCUCCAGCUGUUCUGUCACCAGGAAGGAGUAAAGGGUGUGAAUAUCUCUGAACUUAUGAAGAACUUAGAUAUUCUUGGCGAUAAUGGGAAUUUGAGGAAUGAAGAGCAGGUUGCAGUAAUCCAAGCGGGAACUGUGCUUGCCCUCUGUGAAAAGUGGCUGAAGCAGAUAGAGGGGACAGAGGCAGCCCUCACGCAGAAGAUGAUGGACCUGGAGAAGGAGAAGGACCAGUUCAGCAGGCAGAAAGGCUACCUGGAGCAGGAGCUGGACUACAGGAAAGAAGCCCUCGACCAGGCCUACCUGGUAGGACCGGAAAAAAUCCAGGACCUGGAGGCCACCUUGUACAAUGCACUGCAGCAGGAGCCAGGGCGGAGGGCCAGUGAGGCACUGAGUGCCAGCCAGCGUGAGGACCUCCAGGCAGCAGUAGAGAAGGUGCGCAGACAGCUGCUGCGUCAGAGCCGGGAGUUUGACAGCCAGAUCCUGCGGGAGCGAAUGGAGCUGCUACAGCAAGCCCAGCAGAAAAUCCGGGAGAUGGAGGGCAAGCUGGAGCUGCAGAGGCGCCAGCUGAAGGAGCUAGAGGAAAAGGACCCCUUGCUGAACCUGGAGCUUGAGAUUUUUCCACUAGCCUGCCUCCAACAGGCCCCAGCAUUCCUUCUGACUGCCAUCCCAUCAGUGCUGGGAUAACAGGCAUGUGUGGGAUGAGAGACACAGGGCAGGGAGCACAUACCAUGACUGAAGUAAGCAAGACCAUGCUAUGGUGCCAGUCCAGGCCUGGCACUUACCAGCUGGCCAGAUGUGACGAUAGCGGAUGUGUCUAAUGCAUGCUUGGUGAAGCUAGAAGGCAAACUCAGCAUCACAGACUAAGCAGAAUUCCUGGGAGGAAACAGUACACACGACAGGAGAGGAGCACACAGAUGCCUCCCAAGUUCUCGCUCACUCCCACGGGCUUCACACUGUGCACAACAGUAGAUACACCAAUAGCUGUGCCUAUUGGCCUGGAGAGAUGGCUCAGUGGCUUGGGCAGCUCACCAUCACCUGUAACCACAGCUCCAUGGGUAUCUAU